UAAAGUUGCUAAAAACCUCAUUUUAAUGGUUAUUUGAGAAAAAGGACCUUUUUCUUUAGCCCCUUAACCAACACUGGAUACGAAAGCCUUUAAAAACUGCGCCUGCGUCAAAAAACAACAAACGCUUAAUCAAUAAAAACAUAAAAUUUAGUGCGCAAGGAGCAUCGGCAGCAGGAACAGGAACAAAAACAAUAUUCUCCGCAGAGGACAACAACAUUUCGCAUAGUUGUCCUGUUUGUAGAGGCCGCGCAGAGGAGGAGCUUAACCCGUUAAUUUAGUAUUGUAAAUUGUAGAAGAAAAUUAAGCAAUUAUCCCGCAGAAAAGCAAAAGGAACAACAACAGCAAAAAAUAACGGGACAACAGGACGCAGCGAAGAGGAAUAAGUGAAAGGAAGAUAAAAAAAAAAAAAAACAACAAUAAACCAGACAAAAAAAAAUAUAAUCGAAAAAAAUAUAGCUUAAAAAGGAUACUUUGGAUUUUUAAUUUAAUUCGAAAGCUUAGAAAACCAUCCAUGUGAUAAACACUAAAAAAGAAAACCAAGAAAGGAACUAGACUAAAGAAACAAAGAAAAGAAGGAGCUGCAAUAAAGAAAAGGUGAACCCAAAAAGAGAAUCAGGAAUCUACAGAUAAAAGCUGCAAAAGAAACAACAAGAGAGAGCUUGAGAAGCUUCAGUGAUCCUUCACUCAGUUUCUUAAGAGAGUCAAAAAUCUUCUCUUAAGAGGAAGACUCUCUUUUUUGCACUCUUGAUUAACCCUUCACCCGGUGACCAUCACCAUGUAUAAAACCAUAAGACACGGCGAAAACAGCCUGCAGUACACAAUUCUGCCCCAAAACGAUGAUUUUCGCAUCGAGGGCAAGCUGUCGGGUAAUGGACGCUCCGCUGGUGGAGCCUCAUCCUCUGGCUCGGCCUCUUCUUCGUCCGGCGCCAAGGUCAAGGGUCAGCGACGUCGCCGAUCCUUUUUCGCCUAUCUAGGACUCAUCUUCGUGUGCACCGUGAUCAUCGGAGCCGUGCUAAUACCCUUCUUGGUCUCCGCCGAAUGUCUGCCAAAUCCCACGGAAUGGUUUUUGAAAACUAAAGCGGCCCUGAUCCACAGCCCACAGAGAGGUGGCGGUGGCGGAAUCGUAUCAGCCGGUGGAGACAUGACAGGAAAUCCCACAUUACCCACAGGAUCACCCUUGCUGCAACAGAAUGUGGGUCGAAAUGUCCAGAUUGUCAAUCGGAAUGGCGUAGAGCAGUUCGUUAUACGUUUAAAUAAAACUACUCUGAGUAACCUGGCAUCGACCACCACCACGAGCAGCAGCACCACCACAACUACGAGCACGACAACCACACCAGCUCCCACUACAACCACAAGCAGCAGCACCAGCACCACCACUACCACCACCACCAGGGAGCCAGUGACCACUCCACGUUACUCGCCACCGGCCACCACCAUCACCACGCGCAUUAUCCAGGUUCCCUUGCUGAAAUCCGCCGCCAAGAAACCCAUUAUGCCACCGGUUUUGGCCAAGGCCCAGGGAGCUCAAUACCAACCCGGUGUUGGACAACAGGAUGCCAAGAUGCAGACACAAUCAAAUCAGGCAGAGGAGCAGGCAGCAGCAGUCCAGAAUAAUCGCAGCAACAGUGCCUGGCUCAAGACGAACUGGGCCUACAUUGAUCCUUCGACCUACUUUCAAUGGACCGGCUACAAGGCCGAGGAUAGCGUGCUGCUGCCCGCUCUUCUGGGCUUCGCCCUCAUCGGCGUGAUUCUGAUCAUAACGGUAUGCCUGGUGGCACGCAACAAGCGCACCAUCGUCUCCUCCGUCCGCAAGCGGAACCGUAACGAUAUCGAGGAGCAGGGCGCCGAGGAUAAUGCCACCUUGCUGACCACCACCAAUUUGUCCGACGACGAUUAAUUGGAGCUCGUCUAGAUGAUUUUGGAUUAUUAACGUUUAACCUUUGUCCUUCAAAUCAACUUUCCUCGUUUUUUUUUUUUUGUUUAUAUACCCCCAGCCUGCUUAGCGUUCCAAAAUCCCUGGGAUUUUCUUCCGUUUUUAAGACAGACACACACACUUCACACACGUACAUUUAACUAGCUCUUAAGGAUCAAAUUGGAACGGAUGAAAGCUGUCCAUAAAGCCAAGCUAAAAAACCGAACCAAAGCCACUUUCACUUGUUAUGUUUCGUUCUUCCACUUUUAACCAAAAGACAAGAAAAGGCAAGCGGAAAAUGAAACAAUAAAAAAUAAAAAUUAAAUGAAAAGAAAACAAGAAAACCAUAAAAAUAAUGAAGAAGACUGUUUCUGAAACAACAACACGGCUUAUUUUUUUUUGUAAUUUUCAAAACUCGUUUUCGAAAGUAACUUUAUCUUGAAUUGUUUGGUUUUCUAUACAUUCCCAAAAAAAACUUUGCCUGGGUUGUGUGUGUGUGUGUGUGUGCGCGUCUUGGUGUGUGCCUGAGAGUGCGAGUGUGU